UGCUAUACAGGAUUUUAAAAAUCAGCUCAUGUCUUCUGUAAGUGCUUCAGUGUAUCAAACCUUACAUUGGUAUUAAUUCAUAAUAUUGAGUUAUGGUACUACGUUGGGGUGUUUCCAUCAAUUAGACAUUUCAGAUUUUGUGUUUAGGCACCACCCCACAACAAGAACAGCAGCAAAUGUUAAUAGCUAAUGAAAAAGAAAAUCCACUCCUUUACAAGGAAACUGGUUUGGUUUUGUCCAUGAACACUGAGGUAUGUGUAUGUUAUAUGACACAGAUUUCAGAAGAAAGUUACAUCUAGCAUAUAACUGUGCUGCUUAUUUAUGACUUACAAGCAGUAAGGGUUGAGCUGAAGUUUUCUCUCUUUGUGGGGAAUGUCCUUUAAAAAAAAAAAGAAGGGACAAAACAUAUCAAAGAAAUAUGUUCAUUUUUAUCUAGUUGGCAAAAUACUAUUGGCAUCAGUAAUUGUACUGCAUAAGUGAGGGUCUUUGCAGUCUGGCCCUGUGCUUCUGUUUCAAUACCAAACUAGAAUUUUGGGGGAAAAAAAAUUGAGCUUCUUCUUUAAGCCACAAUUGCUACCAGCUGUCCUAGCUCCUCCUCAUUUUUUCCACAUUCCCCUCAUCUUGCUUUUAUGUUUGUUUGUUUUCCAAACAGUGACCCAUAGACUUCUGAAAUGAAGUCUGUUCCUUGGGAGACUUUCCAGUUGCUUUGUGUAUUGGUGCCCUUAGCAGAUGUUUGCUCCCAGGAUCCCUGGGGUUUUCACUCCUGUUAUGAGAGAGCUGGGAAGUGUGUCCUUCCUUCUUACACCAGCUCUGUUAGCAGUCAGGUUCCCAGCUCCAGCACCUCCAGAAGCCUGGAAACAGGGAUGGAAUUCAAUUCAUCCUAUGAACCACUCUGUAGAAUCCCAAACCAAGGAGCUGGGACAUAAUUAAUGAAUAAACACUGCUUCGUGAUUCUGACAAAUUCCUUUCCUUUAAAAAUUUUCAACCACUUCUAGACUUUGCUUUGUGUAUUGGAUUGUUUUCAUAAGCAUUGCUGAGAUUCAUCAUUUCUGUGAGCAGUCAAUGUGAUUUGCAAAGGAUUAAAACUUGAGGAAAGUUUGUAAAUUAAAAAGAUAUAUAAACUACAGUUGGGAAGAGGUGGAAGCCAUCAGUUUUUUCAGUGUUAAAUAUACAGUUGAUUGUUUCAAUCUUUGAUAUCAUGAUGGUGGAAAGAGUGCAGAUAAAUUAAUUUUCUCCCUCAUACUUGCUUAAAUACCACCCAAAGCAUAACCUUCUUUAAAUUUCAAGUGUUCUGUUUAGAGCUGGCUUUUUCUUUUUUCAGAAAGUCUUUUUUUUCUCAAAAUACACUUUAUAAAUAAUGAGUUUUAAAUGUAUGCUGAGCUUUGACAGACCCUCAAAGCACUGGAAGUACAGGUUUGAAAAAUAUUUGAAAAGUCCUGUGAAUCAAACUUAAUGAGUCAUCUUUGGCAUUUGACUGAGAUUCUUCAUCUAUAAAAGUUUUUUCCUUAAGUUACUAUAGGUAAAAGACACUGCCCUCGCUACAGUUUGGACUGUAAAGAUGUUUUGGGGGAUUUUUUUCCCCCCAAGGGAACUUGUAGUUUUUAUGUACCAAUAAAUUACUAAUUUGUGAUGGAAUAUUCCAUUGGAGAAUUUUAAGGUUCAUAGUCUGAUAGCCCUGUAAAAUACAUGUGGGAAUGAACAAUUUUACCUUUUGAAUUCCUGUUUGAAAAUUCCUGCAGCAACCAAGUCUGAAGAAACUUAUAAUGUGGCUGUUUUUGGUCUAUCAAUGAAUGACAACAAUUGUGCAAUUAGAUGCUUAUUUGCUGUCAUAUGUGAUAAAAUUCAUAAACAGUAACAGUAGUAAAUUAUUCACCUAAAUUGCAAAAUUCCAGAAUAAUCAUCUGCACAGUCAUAGAUUAGGAUUAUAGGGUUUUCUGGGGAAAAGGGAAAAUAAAGUCACUUCUUCUGGGGAAAGAAGUAUCUUGAUACCUCUUCAAGAUAGCUCCUAGUUCUCAUUCUCUUGAUGGAAGGAACUGAAAGGGCAAAGGACUUGAAAAUACAAGGUGGGAAAGAACAGAUGACUCCUGAGGUGAGAGUACAGAUCCACAGAUAUGAGCAACCUAGCUUUUCUCCAUGAAGGUAAACUGCAGGUCAAAGAUUGGAUAAUUGUGUUAAAGACCAUUGUUGGGAACACAAAAUCUCCCAAAUAAGUUUACUUAAAUAAAAGGUAAUGGAGUGAAACCUGGAGAAAGAUGUGGAGAACUUAACAGAGUAACAAACAACUAAGUUUUGAUGUUUGAUCAACUAAGCUGAUGAAAUACUGAAUACCCGGGGCUGCAUCUAAAAAUUUGUGAGGAUGAUGUAUUUUGAAAUGUCACCAGUAGUCUCUCAUUCAUUGUUUCUCCAGACUGGAGGAUGUAUUGAAGUACACUGUGCUCACAUCCCAGCUCAUGCCACCUUCUUAUCCCUCUGAUGACAGCCAGGACAUGACUUGCUCUGAGCCCAGCGUGAGCACACUUCAGAUACAGCUUUGUGUAUAUAAACUAGUGCUGGAACCAUAGGGAAUAAUCUUACUGUUUAAGGUUUUACAGUGUUUAGUAUAUAAACUGUUGAAAAUGUGCAUGUGGAAAGCAAUCAAUGAGACAACAGAGUUCUUGAUUCAAAGGAAAGAAAGAGAUGAAAGAAGCAGAAUAGUAACACUAGGCUUCAAAAAAGCAAACUUCAAUAAACUCAAGGAAUUGGUGCAUGAGGUCCUGGGGAAGGAAUUAAAACACAAAGAAAAAUUCAAGAAAGCUGAAAGUUUCUAAGAAGAGCUUCUAAGGUCAUAUUUUAACAGUCUAUCACAUGCAAAGGAAAGAAAACUCAGAGAGCACUUUGGCUGCAUUGGGGGCUCAUGAAUUACCUGAAAAAAAAUAAAAAAAGAAUACUGGAAAAAAAAAAAAGACAUCUACAUUACCAUGAACAAAUACAAAAGAACAGCGCAGCAGGUUAGGAACAAAACUGGACAGACAAAAAAAUCUGUCAGCAAGGGAAAAGCAAAACAAUAAAAAUGGAUUUUUAAAUAUUUUUCUGUUAUACAAUAAGAGCUCUCUGCUUAUGAAGAGGUAUCAGAUGGUGCAAAAGCCUGGAGUGCUUUCUGUUCCACUGCCUCCCCUCUAAACAAUGCAUGUCAUGAUCAAAGUUAACCAAGAAUGCAGGUCAGAGGCUAUCAAACUAAUUAGAGGUAUCAUAACAUUAACUUCUGAUUAAAUCUGUUCUAUGAUAAUGAGGAAAACUGAAAUAAUAUUGGAAUUACUGUAUUUUUGAUGGAGGAAGAAUGAGUGAGUUCCCAGAAAAUAAUACUAGUUUUUAAAAAUGGGCAAAUCCACAGGAAUGAGUGGAAGCACAAAGUAAAGAGAAUGACAGAGAAUCAGCCAGGAAAGCUUUGGCACGAGAAGAGUUACUGGAAAAGCUGUCCGAAAGUCGGCAAGCAUAGAGACUAAUUUAAAAGGCUGACAUGUUUUUGUCCAUUAAGUAAUUUUUAAAUGACCUAAUGGAAACUGUCCCAAGAGAUAAAAACAGUAUGUUGUAUGUUGAAGUCAAUACAUGCCUUGGCAACAGAUGCUCCUGGCCUGAUUAUAUAUUUGGUCACUCAGAUUCAGAUGAUGCACCUCUAAGGUGAAUACACAACUGGACACAUCGUUUCAAAGGGUAAUUAACAUGUUUGUUAAAUUGUGAAACUGAAUUGAGUGGGGUUAGGACUAUCCAGAUGUUAUGAGUGAAAAGCAGGUGCAGAUCCCUCAGGGAGAAAGCACAAAAUGAGAGAAUUUUGGCUUUAUCAGAAAUGUAGCAUUCCCAGGGAAUCCUGGAGUAUCAAUCAAAUGAGGACCCAAUGCACUGGAGCCCUCUCAGGAGUGAAGCUCCAGGGAAAGUGCUGUUGGGGUGAGUAAAGAGAUCUGUGCUAAUUAACAUUUCAUACAUAUGCAGUGUCCUCUUUUGCUCAUUAGCUGCCCCAUGUAAUGCAGGUGCUGCUGCUGUUUGAAUUCCAAGAUCUGCCGAUGGCCUUCACCUUGGCAGCUGUGCAGAUGGGGGGAAGCAAACUGUUCUGGCUUACAGUAAUGAGGUAAAACAUGCUCUGUUCUCAACACACCCACUGGGAAGAAGGGAACUAUCACAGUCACAGUAACAACAAGAUAAGACCUGCUUGGGACUCUGCAGACUCCAGUGAGGGAGGCAAACUCUCCAGGAUUACCAUAAGGCAGUCUUCUCACAGCCUACACUGUAUGGAAUGUGUAGUCAUGUCUGUGAAUUUUACUUGGAAAAGCACACUUACACAAGCUUAGAACUCACAAUAAGCAUGAUAACAGUUGAGGUUUCAGCUUCAAGUCUUAUGGUUUUGAAGGAUAAAUGUUAAAUGAAAAAUGAUUGCAGAGCUUCAGUAAAAAUCUCUGGGGACCGUAAUAGAUCACAAGCUGAAUAUGAAUCCAUGUGUACAGUUUGCAAAAAGAAUAGAAGGUGAGAGGAGAAGACCUGAGGUGUUACUGCAUGAGAGCUGCACAAGACACAAGGUAAUUAUUUUGCUCUGUUUGGCAAUGGAGAAGCAUCAGCAGGAAUACUUUACCAUUUAGGCACUGCAGCUAGGAUGCAUACACCCAGAAUGAGGGAGAGUAGAGGACCACAAUAAGUAUAUGUUUUGAAACAUAAAGUGAGAAAGACUGAAAGAAGUGGACUUACAUGGACAAGAUUGGAUUGAGCAGACCUGCGAAUGUGAAAUGUUGCUGUAAAAAAUUGUAGUAGCUGCAGGGUGAGGGGUUUUUUUUGUGUACUGCGAAGCUUAAGCACUUGAUUUUGAAACAAGGUUGAUUUUGUUUCAAUUUUUUUCAUGAAAAGCUUUCUGUGAAGCAUUGGAAUAGAUCCCUCAUCUGUAACACACCUCUAAGAUAUGCUUUCCUGUGAAUUUUUAAGAGCAAGUGAGAUAAAACUCUGUCAUAAGUUCACAGGUCUUCUUGUUCCUGUGAAGGGAGAGGGACUCAGUAGGGAUCUUCAGGAAAGUAAAUUGGACACUAAUUCAGAUACUUGCUGCAAUCAGGGAAUUAUAUUGAUUUGAUUAGUAAUUUAAUUGUAUUCCAGUCACUUCAAUUUUCAGGGGUUUAUUUGCAUUUUUCCACUGAUACACACCAAAAGUAGGUGAUGCUGUGGCAUGAGUUGCUAGAACUGAUGUCAAAGAUGUUAUAGAGGGGGGCUGAAUUUCUGUUCUAUACUUAUGCUAAUGUAGUGGAAAAUGACUUGGUGCUAAAAGCAGCAGCAGAGGGUUAGAGGCCGAGCCUGUCAUGCUGGGUGAGUUGUUUUAGCUGCCAAGAACUGAGUGACCAUCCCAGGAGUGUUCCUGUGUACAUGUGGCACUCAGGGACAUGGUUUAGUGAUGAACUUGGAUCAAGGGCUGGACUCGAUGGUCUCAGAGGUUUUCUCCAACCUGAAUGAUUCCCUGAUUCUAUCACUGCCUCAGCUAAACGUCUGCUGCUUCCCUUCCUUUCUGUGGCAGCUUUCUGGCUGUGAAGGCUCGGAGUAACCAGGAGAUGGCACAAGAGCUCCUCUGCAGCGUUUUAGGUGUUGGUGCACCGGCAGCAAAGGGAGAGAAACACGAUGGGCCCUUCAGAUGUCUGCACAAACCUCGCCCAUUAGAAACAUGCAAACACAGAAUGGCAGGGUUUUUUAUAUUCCAUUUCAUGUAUUUAUAUUCAGCUUUCAGCUGCACUCUUUAAUCUUUUAGAGAACAUGCACACACAUUCUUAAAUCCCAUUUACCUUCUAUCCAUGUGUAAUACACUGAUUUCUGGCAAAAGAAUUGCACUGCACUGUCUGGAAGAAACACAGACAUCGAACUGUGGGUUACAGGGGCAGUGUUAAGCAUCUUAACCUAACUACAUUCCUGUCCUCACCCACUAAGCCCAGCUUUUCCCUUAUCAGUAAACUAAGGGAAUGUCAGGCCGUGUCUGUGCUCCCUGUUUGGCUUUAGUGAAGGCAGAUGUCCAGUGCCAUUUAUGCUCUGUUGCUACAGUGAUAUAUCCUGCCAAAGUUAUUCCCUUCAGGCAAUAGUAACAUUGGAUACUAGAUUGGAUACUAGCAGGAUACUAGAUAGAAGUGAUUGGAAUAAGGAAAACAGGAAGAAAUGGUGUAUAGUGAGGAAUACAGAUGAAGGGGAGAAAUAACUAAAAAUGCGAAAUGGAGAAGAGCCUUGAAGUCAGUUUAAAUGGGAAAAAAAAAAGUUAAAGAUUCUUUCCAUUUAAUUUGAAAAGAUUGGUUUUUGGAGCAAUACAGCAAUACAAACCUGAUUUAUUUCAGGUUUAAGUUAGGGGGGGAAGGAAGAGUCAGAAAACAUUUUCACUGCUGAGAGCAAUGCAUUUCAAAGCAGCACUGUGUGGUAUAGACCAGGGUGGGCACAGAGCGUGAUGGAUGUCCCAGGGCUGCCAGCUGUGAUAGCUCAUUCUCCUGCUGACUGACUCAUCAUGCUCAAAUGCUAACUCUAAACUCAAGGGGGAACAUUAUUCAUUCUUUAAUAGCUGAAAGUGAAAAGUUACUUUCAAUAAAAAUAAAUGCUUUGGUCAGUAUAAUUUCUUUCAUUUCUUUCUUAUUUUCUUUAGGAAGUAUUUGUGGGAAAUAUGAAUGUAAUGGAAAAAAAAAAUCUGAUUUAAUGUAUUCUUUUAUAAGUUGCUAAAUGUAACUUUAGAAGUAAUCAUCAUGAAAAAAAAAAUAUAUCUUACAGCAAAGACUGAUAAAGAAAAAGGCCUUGAUGUAAAAUGUGAAGUUAGCCUCUCUGUUAGGUUUUGAAAAGAUUGCAAGGUGUCUAAGUGUGUCUAAUUGUUUUUAAAGUCUAAUUUCUAGUCUAAACAGAAUUAAACCAACAACAGAUUUUGAGCAGUUUCAUUCGAGCAGUGUCCACAGAGAUGUCCCUCUGGCAAUAUGAUAGCAAUGAGUGCUGAAGUAGGAUUUACUUUCCUGAAACUUGGAUGGUUUUCCAACUGUAAUAGUUUGUCUAGUAAUAAAUAAAUAAACAAAAGACUCUGCUGCUGUACCUUGCUUCUGUAACAACAGCAGUGUAAGUUCUAAAUGUGGUCCUGAUUCAUAUUGAAUGUGUCUUUUUUUAAAAUAGGCAUAAAUUUGGGUAAAGAGCUAUUAAAACAAGAGUUUUCUUUCUUAAUAUUUGCAGCAUGUCUCUGCAGAAUAUAUAUAAUUUUCAAACAUUUCACUGAUUCUUUUUAGCUGCUGGUGGCAGCCUUGUGUUAAGGAGCCAUGGGAGCUCUUGGCAUUUUGAGUGCUGUGUUGAUUUAGAUCGAUUCCAAACAUGAUGAGACAUUUAAUUUUCAUCUGUGCAUUGUCACUAUGUUUAUACCAGGCCCUCAUGGUAUUUCUGCACAUAUGGUCUUUAAAUGCCUCAUGGAAGAGUAGCUUUUAUUCUGUCUAAGAGGGAAGAUAAUGAUAAUAAUUGAUAAUUAAGAGAUUGAUCAGAGGCCAUUUGUAAUGCUUUUAAGUCCUAAGUAGUGAUUACUCAGAAACUGAAUGUUUGGAUAAACACACCAGGACAGAGACCAUGUAAAUUGCAUAGCAGAUACCAGCGGCCCUUGCUUCCCUGGACAGACCUUCAUGGCAAAUCUGCUUGUCCACGGGUGAACACACGGUCCCUGUGUGAACACACGGUCCCUGUGUGAACACACGGUCCCUGUGUGAACACACGGUCCCUGUGUGGCAUAAACUGCCUGCUUUUUACUCUUUGAGUUGCAUCACCACCUGACUGCUCCCAAGAACCACAAACUCCCCCUACUCUAGUCUCCCAGGACCCUCCAGUGCUAUGGGGUACAAAAUGACCGUCCCUUCCCCCGGUCUUGUGCACCCACUGCAGCAAGGCCAGCCGGUGGCAGCUGUCCCUGGCACUUGGGGAGCCCAGGGGAAUGGGCACCCUCAGCUGCUCUCUCUUCAGUUCCUCCACAGCUCCCGUAGCGAGGGGAUGUCUCAGCACAAUCCUGCCCCUCUGCAGGGCUCUGAGCUGCCUUACUAGGGCACAGCUGGGCCGUGGGCUGCAAGAUGUGGAGCCACAGUUCAUUCAAAAAAGGCUGGGAUGUAAUCCCAAAAUAUUUUUAUUUAUUAUCUAAUAUCCAAUAUUUCUGAAUAUUAUCAACUGUCUAGCAGGCAGCCAAGUAGGUAGUUCUUCAGAACCUCCCCAACAUGAGAGCAGUGUUGUGUGUGAAGAUUUCUGCAAAGCUGAAGGGGAGGGUGCUGCCUCCCCAGAGAGGGCAGCUGUGUAUUCUGCAAGCAUCUGCACAGAGUAUUGCCGUUAUCUAUGGUAAUGGAUCUCCAGACUCCUGCUAGUGGCAAUCAUGUUGGUAUGUCUGAGCUCUUUGUCUCUGCCCCCACCCCAAAGCAGCAGAGUAAAAGCUGCUAUCUGUCCCUGCCCUACUCUGACAAAUUUCAUUAGCAUGAGCAGGUUUUCAUUCUGUUGGUAAUACCACUUGAUUUCAAACAUGGUAUUUCUGAAUCACAGUUUAGCAGGAGAUUUUCAAACAAGCAUUUAAUGAAUAAUAGAUAGAAACAGAAGGAAAGCAGCUUAAGAAUUUUAGAUAAAAUUAAAUUAGCAACUGUUAAAUAUUGUAGCAGUCAUUACAUUCAGAAGUCAUCUGCUACCUGUCCAGGAGACUUACACAUUUCAUGUGUAAUGGAAAUGAGAUUUGGUUUAAUCUAGUCACACCAUGAUCAAUUUGUGUCUCUGGGAGGUCAGUAUUUGACACCAUCUUUCUGCAGUGCCAUUUGCUUCAAUACAAUGCAAUUAAUAAACCAGCAGUGUAUAAAGAUGUAAUUUGCAGCUCAGAUGGUGAAAAGUCUUCAAAUGAGUAAAGGCAGAUGUAUCAGUGGAUGAUAAAACUCAAUACUUUCUGUUUUUGGAGCUCCAUCAUAGGUCAUGUAUUCUUUUUGUCCUAUAUGACAAGCUUGCCAAGUGUCUUUAUUUGUUAACAUACGGCUGUAAAUAGGAUUGACAUAGAAAUAGACUCUUUUAUACUUUUUUAAAAAGUAUUUGUAUAGAGAUACAUAAGUAUAUAUGUUUAUAUAUAAGAAUGUAAGUGGGAUAUAAGUAAAUUGCUUUUAUUUAUACUUAAUAUUCUGUAAGGACUCAGACUGGAAAUAAUUCUGGGCACAUGGGACAUAUUUAUCUCAUUGGGAUGGGACUGUGCCCCAUCUGUGACACAGAAUGGUGUUAUAGUGAUCAGAAAUAUUUAAACUGAGAAGGAAGUUUGCAGAAAAGUUACACUUUUUCUGAGGACUAAUUCAUGAGAAUUAGUCCUUGAGAAUGGCAUUUUGCCUGACUGCAGGGGAGGCUUGGCAGGAUUCUGAAAGCAGACAGUGGCACUGAUAUUCCCAGUUCUGACUGGAGAGGUUGCUGCCAGGCCACGUGUUAAAUGCAGCUGAGUUGAGGGACUUGUCCUUCAGUAAUUCGGUGUCCUUCAGUAAUUCAGUGGGCAGAGCACAUUCCUGUAUGUCUCCUCUCCAUCUCCUGCCUGCUUGGUCUGCUCUGUGAGAUAUGUUGCCAACAGAACUGUCUAAUGCUCAGAAGUUCUGAUAUUUCAAAAUUUAUCCUCAGGUUUGUGGUGGGAGAAGUCUUCACAUUUACCUAAAGAAAAGAAUAGUUAAGAACCUGAAAUAUUCGAGGUGGAGUGGGGUAAGGGGGUGAGGGGGUUGGUGUUACAAAACAGGAAAUUUAACAGCAAUCUUGUACAGUCUGGUCAAGUAGACUUUCCAAACUUUUCACUAUUAAUCAGAAAAUGCUUGGGAGGGAUAAGUGGACGAAGAUUCAAAUUAUUAGAUCUCAAUUCCAUUUGUUUGGUGAGAAAGCACCACAAAUAUAUAUACAUAUGUGUAUGUUUGUGUGUGUGUCCAUCAGGCUUUGUCCAUGCUAGAGGUGUUUGUGGACUUCAGGUAGAUAGCAUAUAUGGGAGGCAUUAAUGCUUGAAUGUUUGUAUACACAUUUUUACACCAUUUUUCCUCCAGGAAGCUUGUUUAGUGGGCUCAGGCUGCAAUGUCAAUCCCCACCUACACAGGCCAGAAACAAAGGGCUCCAGGAGGGCUCUGGUCAUGUACGGUUGUGGUUCUAAAUCACUUAUUAGACACCUUUAAAUAAAGGUGAAAAUCGUGUUUGUAUUUUUGUUUGGUUAGAGACAAACCCUUGAACAGUGUCAUCACUGACACUGUAGAGCAAAGUAGGACUCACACUAUGCCAUGAAAAUGAGCAAUCAAUGAGAGAGCCUAAAAGGAGUUCACAAGUCAAAUUUGAAUAUAGUUCAAUGAAACUAUUUUCUGGUGAACAAGAAACUGUAGGAUUUCUUGAUAAAUGGAUAUAACAACUAUAUUUGCAGUGGACAAGAGGUUGAAAUGUUUGGUUUAGGAAAAGAUUGACAAAGAGGAUUUUAAUAAAAUCUUUACUGGAUUAAUAUAAAGAAAAAUAUAUCUGCAUAAUAUGAAAAUUUAGUACAUUGGAAGAUUUAGAUAUUAAGUGUGAGGGUUUUCAGUCUUCAAACCCUUGCCUAAGACUGACAAAUAAGACUAAGAAAUAGUUAAAACUGCAGUUACAGUAGGUGUUAUCACAGAGAAAGUGAAUGCUGGGAAAUGCAGGCAGAGUUGGCCGAGCCACAGGGUAGACAGACAGCAGAGCACUGGGUUUGUGUGCAGGUGGUGGGUGAGUGUAAAACAGCAGGCAAGAGCAAGGACAGAUAAAUAGGAUGUGCAAUUGUGGUCUCUGGAGGCAGGCUGAUACCAAGCAGGGCUGUGUAGGAAUUAUCAAUGCAGUGGAAGUCCCGCUCUGUUCUUGCACAGGAGGGGAGGGUGAAAAGGAGAGGGAAUUCAUGGUUACCCUGCAGUGAGAAACUGCCCAUAAAGCACCAAGAGCCUUUUGUCAAUAUAUACAGAAGCUUUACUGCAGCAGCCAAGUGUUCCUGUCCCACACAAAACCCAAAGAUGAAUGGGAACGUUUCUGAAAGACACACAUAAGGUAGUAAGACGAAAAAGAUAGUAAGAUAGUAAGACAGAAGAGAAACCUGGAUGACCUGCAUAGCUGCAAGAGAUCUGAGAGGGAAGAUAUGAAUUCUGUAACUUCAGCAGAACUCUCCGCAGAAUGUUAAUUCUAAGCUAAUAAUUGUAAUUUUCUGAUUCCUUAGUCCAGAACUUACUUUUAUAUAAACGACCAGAAGCCUGUCAAUUUGGAGAAUCCAAUGACGUUGACAUUUACCUUUUCCUGUUUCACAACAUUCUCCUCCAAACCCCUCAGCCUGUUCCUGGUGCUUAUAACCUGACUCUGCAAUCCCGGAGAACUCGGUGGGUGAGUUUCUCCGCUCGCCUGCCUGAGGCUGCCUCGGGAACGCAGUGCUCAGCCCAGAGAGGAGCAGGCUUGAGAAGAACAGUGGGCCUGGUGCUCGAAAAGGAAUGGAAAAGCAACUCCAGGGGAAGGGAGAGCGGAAGCAGCAGCGUCCCCUCUCCCUCCAGCGGCCGGGGAUGCUGCGCUCCCCCGGGGGUACAUUCCCCAGCGCCGUUUGAGGCUGCUCAGCUCCAUAAAUGCCAUUUGCAUGGGGAUAGGAUGUAACAAGAGCUGUAAAUCACUGACGGCGGAGUGAACUCCUCAGGGGCAGACACGGCGGAGCCGAGCCUCCGCGAGCUGGGGCAACGUGUGAACGAUAUCUUUUGUUGGGGGGGAGGACUGAUAGCAAUUAGAUGAUACUUAUCUGGCCCUUUGAUGUGUAUUUACACAAACAACCUUUUCCUCCGGGAGCUGAGGUAUAAAGGAGAGGCCCGUGCUCCCCGACACCCUCCUUCCCGGCAUCUCCGAAACAAGGCAGGAUGACUAAGGCCCCUUUCUCCGUGGAAUGGUUGUCCCAGAGCAGCCAAGCUCUCAAGAGCCCCACCGAGGGCUCUCCACAGCGAGCAUCAUCCGCGGGCCGGAGCGAGCGGAGACAGGAGCAGCCGGCGGGCCCGCGGGACGGGAGCGGCGGCAGGAGCAGCAGGGAGCGUGUGGCGGCCACUCCCGCCUCAGGUACCGCGACCACCGGGACGGCCCGGGGCUUCGGGCGGGCCUGGGACAUCCCCGGGCAAGGCAAGGCACCCUGCGCGGUGCCUCGGGGGCGGAGGAGGCGGGCGGCUCCCCACGCGGUGCCCGGGCCCGGCUGACCCUUUCCUCCUUGUCCCUGUCGCCAGGAGCCGGCGGGAGGCCAGCGGGGCAGCCCGUGCCCGAAGAGGGCCCCGAGUGGCCGGGCCCCGAGGAGCCGUGCGGGCGCGGCGGGCGGCGGCUCCGCACGGCGUUCAGCGCGGAGCAGAUCAGCACCCUGGAGAGCUCCUUCCAGCGCCAGCAGUACCUGGGCGCCGCCGAGCGCCGGCAGCUGGCGGGCAGGAUGCGCCUCUCCGAGGUGCAGAUCAAGACCUGGUUUCAGAACCGGCGGAUGAAGCUGAAGCGGCAGCUGCAGGAGCUGAGGACGGAGACCUUCUGCAGCCCCGCUCUCCCUUACAGACCUCAGGGCGCUGUGGUGCCCUUGCCGCUCACGUACGUGGCCCGGCCUCCGCCUCUGCCCCGGCAAGGGGCUGCCCCCGAGGGCUUCCCCCUGGCCGCCCUGCCGGCACCCGCCCUGGACCUCAGCAGCGCCUGCAGAGCACAGCCUGUUGGCUUCUGGGCAGCACCCUGCUUUGUAGAGUACCGGGACCCCAGAGCUUUCUUGCUGGGUGUCUGACCCUCUGAUACGAACUCCGACUAAAAAGGAUUUGCACUACUGAUAGGUAUCUGGGCCGCCCUCGUCCGUAACUGCCUGGUGGAGUUAUGAUGCAGCACCGAUCUAAACGUUUACAAAGAUAUGCUGGACAAUCUGAAUCAUGGACUCGAGGCCCUUACAUUUAUAUUAUUACUGUAAAAUAUAAACGGGGUGGGACAAACAAUAAUAUAAAUGGAAUAUUUGAAUAAACCUAUUUUUUUCCA